ACGCCAACCUAAGAAUAAACAAAAGAGAGGAAGGCAAUUCUCAGAGGGAGGAAAUUUAGAGAACUUAACGACACAAAUGUUUUAGCGAAACAUGGUCGUUGUUCGAAGCAACUUUCUAUGCCUCUUUCUCAUAUUUUUAUCAUUAGCUCCUUCCUCUCAUUCAAUAUCUGAAGCUGAAGCACUUCUACAAUUUAAGGCAUCAAUCACCAAUGCAAGGGCUCUCGAUUCUUGGACACCGGAUACAUUACCCUGCCCUCCUCAAGGGAACGCUUGGGUCGGUCUCAAUUGCGCAAAUGGACAAGUCAGAACAAUUACUCUUUUUAACAUGGGACUUGCAGGUAAAAUUGACAUUGUGCCAUUGGAACAGCUGUCAGGCCUUAAAUUCAUCAUUAUGGCAAACAAUUCAUUUGAAGGUGAAAUACCUGCAUUUAAUCGUCUCGCUGAUCUUAAAGCUUUUUAUAUUUCUAGUAAUAAAUUUUCUGGGGAGAUUCCUUCUGAUUACUUUGCCAAUAUGAAAGCUUUGAAAAAACUCUGGCUUGACAACAAUAAUUUUUCUGGGAAAAUCCCCGAGUCUAUUACACAACUUCCAAUUCUCAGGGAACUACGUAUUGAAAACAACCAAUUCUCGGGUCCAAUUCCACCACUAAAACAAGAUUCAUUAGCUGAUCUUGACGUGUCUAACAACAAGCUUGAAGGGGAAAUCCCUGAGUAUUUGGUAAAAUUUAAUGCAACGGCUUUCAAGAACAAUCCUGGCUUAUGUAAUGAAAAACUAGGAAUGAAAUGCACUAAUGGAGCGCCACCUCCUGAAAUUGAUGCAGUUGACGCACCAGAUUCACCAUUCAGUCGAUCUCCACCACAACUAGAUACUAACAAAUCUUUACGAGUAACAUGGGUUGUUCUUGCAAUUGUGAUCAUCCUUCUAGCACUAACUAUCUUCUUUAAGACCGAUAAAAAGGAAGAUAGUUUUGCUCCAUUAGGGAAAGAAAACCUUGAUGAAACUGUACAAGUACAUAUUCCAAGCCCCAAGAGAACUUUGAGCUCAUCAUCAUCUAAAAACAGAAUGGGAGGAUCAGCUAACUACUCUAGGAAAAGCGGGGCGAGUAAUGCAGGAGGCAAAUUAGGAAGUGAUCUAGUAGUGAUAAAUGAUGAAAAGGGAGUGUUUGGGAUGUCUGAUUUAAUGAAGGCAGCGGCCGAGGUUCUAGGGAAUGGAGGGUUGGGAUCAGCCUAUAAAGCAAUGAUGUCAAAUGGGGUAUCCGUCGUUGUGAAGAGGAUGAGGGAAAUGAAUGCAAUGACCAAGGAAACGUUUGAUACAGAGAUGAGGCGGAUUGGUUCACUGAAGCACAAUAAUAUAUUGACACCUUUAGCAUAUCAUUACAGGAAAGAUGAGAAAUUAAUGGUGUCUGAGUUUGUUCCUAAAGGCAGCUUGUUAUACAUUUUGCAUGGUGACCGUGGUGUGUCUCAUUCGGAGCUAAAUUGGGCAACAAGGUUAAAGAUUAUCCAAGGAAUAGCGAGAGGGAUGGGUUACCUUCAUUCUGAAUUCUCUUCAUAUGAACUUCCUCAUGGCAAUCUCAAAUCCAGCAAUGUACUUCUUGGUUCAAACUACAAGCCCCUUCUAUCGGACUAUGCAAUGUAUCCAUUAGUCAACAAUACUCAAUCGGCACAAGCUAUGUUUGCUUUUAAAUCUCCUGAAGCAGUUUUAUACCAACAAGUCUCCCACAAAAGUGAUGUCUACUGUCUCGGAAUCCUCAUUCUUGAAAUCCUAACUGGCAAGUUCCCUUCUCAGUAUCUCAACAACCAAAAAGGUGGCACUGAUGUGGUUCAAUGGGUCCGAACAUCAUUGUCUGAAAAACGCGAGUCAGAAUUGAUUGACCCUGAAAUAGCUGGAGCUUCAGCCGCUUCACUUGAUCAGAUGGUGAAACUAUUGCACAUUGGAGCUGCUUGUACCGAAAAUGAUCAAGAUCGAAGAUUAGACAUGAAAGAAGCAAUCAGGAGGAUAGAAGAGAUACAAGCCUAAGAAUCCUGCAUCAUAAUCUCUCCUGCUAAGGAUUGAAAAGUGGUAUGAAAACAAACAUUUUCACAACUAUCUUCCAAAUUUCAACUUCCACUUGCUAAAAUCUUGAGAAUAGGCCAUGCAUUCUCGGAGGUGCUCAAUCCUGACACAAUGUCUUGAGUGAUGUGGCGACGGGACAUCAUCACAUACAUCUUCUCAUCAAUUAAACAACUGUUAGGGUCGCGUGAUUAGUGUAUCAUUUGAUAAAUAUUUUUGAGAUCUUUGGUAUUUUUCGGGUGACCAAGAACAUGAUCAGAACUUUUGUUAGGACAAGAAAGGAAGAGUAUAAAAGAACACAUAGAUUAAGCCUCAGAUUGUACAUCAUUUCAAUUUAGUUAUUGUCUAUAUUGUGAAAUUUUUCUCAUUAAACACU